AUUUCCAAACACGUGGCGCUAGUGUUCUAUCCAUUCUAAACAAGAUUGUCAAAUUGUCAAUCGUGCGGAUUCGUGCGUGAAUGUGGAGUGUUUUGUGUUGUGAGUGAAUGGUGCUUGUGGGUCGUGGAAAAUUAUUGCCUAUUGCUACUGUUAUGCGGAUAUGUGUACGUAACGUGAGAUAGCUGUGCUGUGAUAGUAGCGGUCUAACUGUGGAAUGGUUCCGGUGUGUCGGCGGUUUGGUUUUAAUUUGAGCGGCUGAGGCGAACACAAGAUGGGGAAGCUACUAUCAAAGAUCUUCGGCAACAAGGAGAUGAGGAUACUCAUGCUGGGGCUCGACGCAGCGGGGAAGACUACUAUUUUAUAUAAACUAAAAUUAGGUCAGUCAGUCACAACGAUACCUACGGUCGGCUUCAACGUGGAAACGGUCACGUAUAAGAACGUCAAAUUCAACGUCUGGGACGUCGGGGGGCAGGACAAGAUACGUCCGCUGUGGAGGCAUUACUAUACAGGCACUCAGGGUCUAAUAUUCGUAGUGGACUGCGCGGACCGCGACCGCAUCGACGAGGCGCGCCAGGAGCUUCACCGGAUCAUCAACGACCGCGAGAUGCGCGACGCCAUCAUACUCAUCUUCGCCAAUAAGCAAGACUUGCCCGACGCGAUGAAGCCCCACGAAAUCCAAGAGAAACUGGGUCUGACACGUAUCCGCGACCGCAACUGGUACGUGCAGCCGUCGUGCGCCACCACGGGCGACGGGCUGUACGAGGGGCUCACGUGGCUCACCAGCAACCACAAGUUAUGAGCGCAGGAGUAGGCGGCCCGGCUGCCACGAUGAGGAUUUCGAUGCCAUUUAAUUUAAGUACGCUGCCCGUGCCGUCGAAUCUUGUAAUUUCCUGAACCAGUGUCCAACGCGGGCCCAUCGUGUAAUAAACACUCAGUGUGGUGCGAUAUGCAAGACUGUCCGAAACAGCGAGGACUAUUCAAUUAUUAGAUAUACAGAUGUGCUGCGGAAAGUUUUCAAAAAUUGCAAAAGGAAAAUUUCAGAAGAAAUAAAUAUUUCAUUGGGCUUCGUUUCCACCAGAGAUGUGCCAGGGAUGUGUUUGUUAAGAAUCCAUAGAAAGGGCUGCGUUGAGCGAUGAUAGGUAAAUGAAGUGACUCUUUUGGUUCUUAACACCUUCCUCGGUACGCAUCUUCUCUGGUGGAAACGCAGCCUUUUCCUCUAGCCGCCCACAGAAGAUCAAAACUUGUCAGGACAUUGGAAUUUUGGUUUAUGAAAAUAAAGAUUCAAAACACAAUGGAAUGGAAGGCCCUUUUAUAGGCCUCCGGGUGGCUAGCGGUUCCUCAUACAAAAUUACGAAAAGUUCCGAAAUUAUUCCACGUGGAAAUUUCGCAAUUUUAGGAAACUUUCCGAUGUCACAUCAGUGAUUAGAUAGUUUGUGAACUUUCACAAAAAAAAUGAGAAAUCAAUUAUUCCAUUAUUUAAUUAAAUUAGAGGUUUGUUGUAUCGAUUGAUUUAUUUUUUUGUAUGUUUAUUUAAAUUACUUAGAGUAAAGAUUUUUUAUUAAUUUAAUGUGUACCUCCAAUUUUGUAUGAUAGUAUGGUAGAAAUUCGAAGUUUUUAAUGCAUUAUAGUAAUCAAUUGAAUGUGGGUAGGAGUGAACGCAAUAUGUGUAUUACUUAAGUAAUAGCUAUCACGCCUGCGCAAUGGAGCUCUAGAUGUUUUUGUAUCUUGACUGUUGCCCUUUACAGUAUUACAUUACCUUUUUCCCUAUAAAGGUUCCGUCACACA